AUGGUAGCCCCUGCAGGGGUCCCAGAUCAGGACUCCGGCUGCCGGCUGCCGCUUGUAGAGACGCCAGCGAGUCCGCAUCGGAUUCCUGCGGCUGCCGAGGCGUCACAGCCAUGUCGCUACAUGCCCUUCGCGCCUGAGUGGUGCCUGCGCCGCGGCGUCGCCCACCUUCCUGUGGGCGAGCGGUCAGGGCCUCCGGACACGGUUAUGUUCAAACUUCUUCCGCCCCCCCACGUGAGCGCCGAGGUUUCACAUCGUGCGAGAGGCGGGCGGCACGGAGGAAAACGACAAGCUGACCAGCUGCUGGAGCGGGGAUGCGACCGGCUUUUUCCCUUCAUGUUUCGGGAUCUGACGUCGCACGAGCAACGCGAGGCAGCUGUGAGGCGUCUCCUUGCGGCGCGGAAAGUCAGGGCGACUUCGGCGGAUCAGGCGCUGGCCGGCACGGCUCCGUCCCCGGCGCCUGCCCAAGACUCGCCGGCUGGCGGAGGAGUUGGUGGAGGCAGGCACGGCGGGACAACAGUCAAGAGAGGCCCGACGUGGGCGGACGAAACACAUGCAGAGACCCCAUGCCAGUCUGGGGAUACGCAGAGCUCAGGCCACGGUCACCCGACGUCUGCGCCAGCUUCUGCUGCUCCCACGGCUCCUCUGCAGGGACCGGCAGAGGACACGGCGGACUCCGAGAUACGCGCGGGAGAAGGCCAGUGCUCUGCUGCCGACGGCGAAGGCGAUGGCGAGUCUGCGACCGGAAAAGAAGACGAUACGAGCCCCGAAGACUCGGGAAAAUGCUCUGACGCCGGCAGCACUAAGUCGUCGCUGCAGGCGCGUGGGUGUGAGCGCGAGAGAGGCUCCCUUUCUUCCGUGGGGCCUGGCAUUGGCGCCGGGCUGUUGGGCGCCGGGGGCUCGCCGACUUGCUCGUCUCUGUUUUCGUUUGGAUUUCAGUGUUUCGCUGUGAACACAGCAGGCGACACGCUUGCCGCGGCCUGCGCGGACACGAUACAUCUCUACUGCAUGGCUACAAAGACUCUCCACGUCUCCGUUCGCCUUCCGCAUCCCCCGUCGCCAACUUGCGCGUGCGCGUCUCCCUCGGCUCCCGGCCUCGAGCGAGGGUCUUCGUCGCCCUGGGCCUCAUCCGACCGACCGGCGCGCUCCUGCGCCGCCGAGAGGUGCUGCGUGCGAGACAAUGCAGGAAGAGGCGCGGCGCCUCGGGCGCUGCUUCCGGUCCAGCGUCUGCAGUUCGCCGACGAAGACCGGCUGCUGCUGGCGGCGACGGCGUGCGGGCACUUGUAUGUCUAUUUCCUCUCCCACCAGCCAGGACCCGCGCUGCUUGCGUAUAUCAACUUGCGCGAGGCAUAUGUGCAGGCUCUCGGCCGCCUUCGCUUCCUCUCCGGUGCGUCGCCCUCGGAUGCGGAGGCGCCGGCGGGCGAGCCGCGGCCCGACUGGCGCAGGGCAGGCCCCGGGGCCAGAGACCCAGUCGCCCGGCUCUCGGGCGAGAGACCCGAGGGCGCGGAGCCGGAUGUGGCGGCGUCGACUUUUGAGCGACUGGAGACUUUGGGCGACGGCGAGGGGGUGGCGGACUGCGACUCUGCCUCGCCGUCUAAUUCGGACGAUGCGGCCUCCUCCGGGCACGGAGCGCGAGGGAACAUCGUCCUCGCAGCCGUGGAACUGCUGGAGAUACGCUAUCCUCCCGCCAUUCUCACGGGCGCGCACCGGAGUACAGACACGUGGAGACUGGCGGCUGCUGCUGCAGCCGCUGCCGCUGACCAAGGCUUGUCCUCCCAUGCCUCGGGAAGCGAAGCCGACAGCGGACUCGGCGAAGAGGCUGCGUCGCCUAAGGGUGCGCGCGCCUCCGCGCCAGCAGAUUUCGCGGAGCGCGCGGCGCUCUCCCCGUCCGGGUGUCUCGUCUUGCUGGUUUCGUAUGCACCUGACAGCACAGCCGGGAGCUGGGACGCUUCUUCAGAUACUCACGGGGCGAGACGAAGAGCCAGGCUGCGGCGUCGCUACUCCGCUCCUCUUGCCCUCCACGUGGAGUUGAGGCCGACGCUGCUGCUGCUGCGUCACCUGGAACUCCAGCGUUGUGGGCGCGCGGCGCUUCUCUCGCCUGCAGCGGCCCGUUGCGAUGAGUUUUCUUCGUCUUCUCGUGCGGAAACUUCUGUGGUGCCCCGGCUUCCGGCGGCCUCGGCCGCUCCGUCGCGCGGCACAGGCGACGUGGUGCGCUCGCUUCUUGCCGGGUUUCCGUUGCGUCUGCUUCCGCAUCCCUUUCCGUGCUGCCGCGCCGUCGUGGUGUGGAGUUCGAGCUUCACACUCCUUGACGACUCGCGCAUUGGUCGCUUCUCCCUCAAUGCAAAAGGCGGCGGCGCAGACGCCGCGGCCCCUCCGGCAAGCGCGGUGAGCAGCAGAGCGGAGUGCCGCUUUCCCUUCGCCGUUUUUCGAGUCAGAGUUCCUGCGGAGCCGACAGGGGCUCCGCCGCCCGCGCGCAGCGCCCCGGCGCCCGCCCCUGCAGCGGAGACAGGAAGCGGCGAGGCUGGCAGCGCACAGGAGCUAGCCUCUACAGGAGCCGGGGGAACCGAUCCCGCGGUGACCUCCCCCGGCGUCUACAGCACCCGGAGCGAGACUGCGACGCUGUUGACUGGCGGCCAAGAGUCGAAGUCGCCCCCCCUCUGUGCGGAGUUGACCAGGCUGGGGACGAAGACCUUGGAAGACACAGACUCCAGCGCGAGCGCGCACGCUGGACUCGGCGCGGCGGCGAAGACUGACUUGUGCAGCACCGUCGCCGAGGCGGGGGGAGAGCUCCGCAGCGGCGGCAUCUCGAGGCGAGCAUCCGGCGGCGAUGACCGUCAGACGGUUCGCGCGCUGGACUCGCUCACGCCGCAGCAGCCCCGCGAGCGCCUCGUCGCCCUCGUCGCAGUUAGUUGCCCGGACGGGUAUCUCGUCCUCGUCGACUGGCGACAGCGCAGACGGCAGGUGAUCUCGGUUCGCAGCGGGGUGUCUGGCGGCCUGGCGCCGCGCGCGCGAGCGGAGGCCAGAGUGCUUUGGGGUGCGACGAUGAUUGGUGCGUCGGCGGCCUCGGCGCGGGAGGUCUCCGUGCGCGACGACGGCGAGGUUCUGCUUCUUCGCUGCGCAGACCGCGUCGUAGUCACCCGGCUGGUGUAUCCCUGGACGUGCCCGCCAGUCGAGCGGAAGACGCUCCUGCAGAUCCACCGCGACCAGCAGCGCGAACAGAGGCAGCAGUUCGCGCUGCAGAUGCAGAAACAGCAGCUGCUGAUUCAUCAGCGCGGUGAGAGCCGCGGAGGCUGCGGUGCCCGCGGGCGAGGCAGGGGCCGUGGGCGCGGCUUUUUCGGGUGGUGCCGCAACCGCAAGCGCGCUCGCCGCGGAGAAGACGAAGAAGAGGACGAGGAAGCCAGUGGCGGCUCAGAGAGUGGCGGAGACGAAGACACCGAGGCCCCCGACGAUAAAAAGAAGGAGACUGGGGGCCGCAAAGAGGAAGACAUGGGAGAAGGCUCUGAGGCUGCCGCAGCUGCGAGAGAGGAGACGAGUGUAGCCGAGAAGGGGCGGAGGCCUGCGCAGGAGCGGGACGCGAGCUGCAAGUCAGAUGCGAGCGGGGCUGCAGGCGCGGAGCGGCAGCCACAGAGCCAAGACGCGCGAUCAAGCGGACCGCGCGACGCCGAGGACGCGGCCGCCGGGUGGAACGGCGCGGGGGAGGGAGAGCCGACGAGAGGCGAGAACAGAGUGGUGCGCCACUCGGACUCGCGCGAGGCCUGCAGCGACAGGCAUCCCGAUGGGGCGGAUGCGACUUCGCUAGCUCCUGGGCGGGUGCCAGGCAAUCCGGCAGCGGAGUCGCAUCGCGCGUCGUCAGACGCAGCGCUCGCGCACGCCACCGAGGCCAGGAAAGCCAACGACAGGCAUUCUAUCGCUUCCGACGAGAGCGACGGAGAGGCGGGGCUGAAGGAGUACUGCGUGGAUGACGGCGGAGCGCUCAUCAUCACCCAGUUUAUUCACAUGGACUGCGUGCAGCGGGAGUCCUACACGGCGCUGAGCAUAGCCAGCAGCGCGACAGCUCACAAGGGUCUCGCCGCUGCCGCCGUCGACCGCAACGGGCUCGCGGCGCUCUACUUCCUGGAUCUCUCGGCGGUCGUCGCGGUUGAGGCGAAAGUCCUGGUCUUGGAAGCCUCGAAAUUGUCUCCGUUCAAGCAGAUUCACUGGGUACCUGAUGUGCACUGCACUCAGCUUUCCGGCCUGAGCGCCGCAGAGGCGCAGAGCAACGAACUCGCGAACCCUAAACCGCGUUCGUUCGCGCCCGCGCUCUCGCGGCGCGCAGACGCGGCCGUGCCCGCGGCAGUCCAGACGCAGCCGCCGCGCUCUCCCCUGGAAGACGACGCAGCGCGCCGUGAGUCAGAGCCGCGCGUCGGCGUGACUCCUCAACCCAGAGCUCGCGGCGCGCGCGGCGAAUCCGCGACGCGGUGGUGGUCUGACGGGCAGCGUGCGGUGCGAGGAGGCGAGUCGGCGGGCGCAGGCCCAAGCGGCAGCGGGAACUUCAGCUGCUUGGUGGCGCUGGAGAAGAAGUGGGGAACGUUGCUCUUCUUCUAUCCGAAGCGCACGAAAGUCUGGUGGCUGCUGCUGCCCGACUUCGAGAGACUGGACCGCAACCGCGAGGAAAUCGAAGCCGCAGACGAAUUCGACAGAGACAGCAGCAAGCUGCCUCCCUGGCUGCGCGCCACCGCCCAGCCGCCCGCGCAUGCGCCGCAGGACACUGCCAGGUCGCCGGCUGGAGGCACGGCUUCUAAGAAAGGAAAAACCCGCACGCGCGCGCCCUUCUCGGCCCGAGACAUCGCCGGGUCCCAAACGGCGACAGGCGAGGUCGCGGCGAUCUCGCUGUCGCCUCCGCAAGCGUCGUCUUCCUUUCUCCCUCUUCGAGCGGCAUGCGACCCGACUCUUCUCCUUCCGUCUCCGUCCUACCCGUUCUACGCGCCGCCGGCUGGCGCGCACGGAGAGGGCCUCGCGGCUUCGUAUGCCGCGUACGCUUCGGAAAAACCGACUUCUUCUGGGCGCGCGAUCGCUGAGGCUGAGGACGCUGAGGCCGCCGCACACGCUGCGAUCUCCCGUGCCUGUCGUCAUCUGUGUCUCGGCGAAGAUGCCUCUCCGCCACGCGGCGAGAAGCGGCUUCGAGAGGAAGACGCGGAGCUCGUUGCGCGGCGCCGGCGCGGACGAGGCAGCGACUCCUUCCCUCUCAGCGAGGGAAACGAGGCAACUCUGGUCGCGUAUGACGGAUGUAUACCGGUGAAUUUCCACGCAAAAGACGCGGCCGACCUUCGCAAAUGCAGAGACGAUGAAGGCGAGCCCCACUUCUCUGAAGGGUGUCUGAAGAAAGACCUCGAAGCGCGCGCGGAGCCUCAGGCUGCGGAGACCUCGGCGGCAAGUUCUCCAGCGAGCUCACGAGAGCAACAAGACCUAGCCGAAGCGGCCUUAACUUUAGCCGCGUCGGCUGAAGAAGCGGCGGACAAAGUGCUGAUCUCUCUCUUGGAGUCCUCUUCUCUGGCAGGUCAGGGCAGGGGCGUCUUUGGCGUCUUUUUCGGCGAGCAUCCACUCGCGAGCGAGCUUUUGGCGCGCGUGCGCGGGAGCGGCCGGGCGUCCUCCCCCCCGAUUCGCGAAUGCGGCGAUUCUGCUGUCGAAGGAAAUUCUGCUCAGUCUCGGGAUGGGCAUGCAGGAGCGAAGGGAAAAUCGCAGGUUCUUCACGGCCUCGCAGAAGACACGACAAAGAAAGAAACGGUUGAUUCCUGGGGAGUCCGACGCGAGUGGCUUACCGACUACGCAUCUCGCUUCCCCGCGAAGAAACGGUCUGUUGUCCUUGCCCGCGAGAUGAAUGGCUCUUUUGCGCCCGCCGCAGCGACUGAAAACUCAAAUGGAGCGGGUGACAGCGCCGGCUCACCUGUCAGGGACCUGCCGAGCGUGUACAGAGAGGCGAUGAGGCGGAGCCGAGAGGCCUUCUCUGCCAUGGCUGCAGCGCGUGAUUCAUACUGGAAAAUGUAUGCGGCAGCGUCUCUCAACGAGGGGUGA